UGUAUCUGUGUCUCUGUGUGUGUGAGCAUGCACGGCAUUCUACACAGAGAGAGAUACACGGAGAGAGAGACACACAGAGAGAGACACACACACAUAUAGACACAGAGAGAGAGGCAUACACAGAGAGAGAGACACAGGCACAAAGAGACGCACAGAGAGAGAAACACAGUGAGACACAGACAGAGAGACACAGACUGAGAGACAGAGAGGGAGACACAGAGAGAGAGAGACACAGAGAGAGAGACACACACAGUGAGACACAGACAGAGAGACAGAGAGACACACACAGACAGAGAGACAGAGAGAGAGACACACAGAGAGAGAGAGACACACGCAGAUAGACAAUAGAGAGAGAGACACAGAGAGAAACACAUACAGUGAGACACAGACAGAGAGACAGAGAGAGAGAGACACACAGUGAGACACAGACAGAGAGACAGAGAGAGAGACACACAGUGAGAGAGACACACGCAGAUAGACAAUAGAGAGAGACACACAGAGAGAAACACAUACAGUGAGACACAGACAGAGAGACAGAGAGAGAGAGACACACAGUGAGACACAGACAGAGAGACAGAGAGAGAGACACACAGUGAGACACAGACACAGAGAGAGAGACACACAGACAGAGAGACAGAGAGAUAGACACAGACAGAGAGACAGAGAGAGAGAGACACAGACAGAGAGACAGAGAGAGACACAGAGAGAGACACAGAGAGAGACACAAACAGAGAGACAGAGAGGUGCCAUUUGUGGACGAGUCUGAUAUCCCGGCUGGCAAGAGGCAAGCGACCCCGUCCGCAAUGAGCGCUCCACCGGGCAACCGGGAGGCCGUCACCCGCUACCGGAUGGUGUCGGUGUUGAACGAGCGGCUCUCGUUCGAGCGCGGGCAGAAGAUGCGGCUCCUGUCACCGAGCGCCGAGCGGGAGCCUUGGUGGCCACGUGCCGUCGGUCACCGCGACGGCACGGCGGGGGAGUCCGUCGUUGCGGCCUGGUGCCUCUGCCAGGACGGGCGCGGGAGGGUCGGGCUGGUGUCGCGGGACUACCUCGACAUGAGGGGCGGCGACGGUGCCAUCAUGGAGCCAGCCCCUCGUCUCCCCAAUGGCCGCACCUCGUCCACCAGCACCACCUCCACCUCCACCACCACCUCCACCACCACCAGCUCCACCACCUCCUCCUCGUCUGGAGACACAUUCAGGGCCACGGCUGACGUGACACAGACGGCUCCGUGGGAGGUCUCUCUCUGCCGGGGAGAGCUUCUUGCCGAGGUCGUCGAGAGGAGCACGGAGACUUGGUGGCGAGUGAGGAGGAAAGAUGGCAUCGCGGGUUUCGUGAGGAGGGAAUGUUUGGAGGCGGUGCCAGCGGCACGCGCGCCGCUGCCCCACGCCGUGCCGUGGCAAGCGUCGGAAGAUCACAAAUCAGACGAAGGCGAUGCAGAUAGUGCUGGAAGAGACGGUGCGAUGUGCAUGGCGUUCGGCUCUGGUGACGACGGCAUCUACAUCAGGCUGCUGUGACUCGAGCGCGUGAUGUGGCCGGGUCUCAUGGUCAGCGCCUUGAGUCGAGACCGGGUCUUAGGAUCAGCGCCUUGAGUCGAGACUGGGUUUUGAGUUGAGACUGGGUCUCAGUGUCAGUAUCUUGAGUCGAAACCGGGUCUUAGGAUCAGCGUCUUGAGUAGCGACUAGGUCUCAGGGUCAGCGUCUUGAGUCGAGACCGGGUCUCAGGAUCAGCGCCUUGAGUCGAGACUGGGUUUUGAGUUGAGACUGGGUCUCAGGAUCAGCACCUUGAGUCGAAACCGGGUCUCAGGGUCAUCAUCUUGAGUUGAGACCGGGUCUUGAGUUGAGUCCGGGUCUCAGGAUCAGCGUCUUGAGUUGAGACUGGGUCUUGAGUCGAGACCGGGUCUCAGGGUCAUCAUCUUGAGUUGAGACCGGGUCUUGAGUUGAGUCCGGGUCUCAGGAUCAGCGUCUUGAGUUGAGACUGGGUCUUGAGUCGAGACCGGGUCUCAGGGUCAUCAUCUUGAGUUGAGACCGGGUCUCAGGAUCAGCGCCUUGAGUCGAGACCGGGUCUCAGGAUCAGUGUCUUGAGUCGAGACUGGGUCUUGAGUUGAGACCGGGUCUCAGGAUCAGCGUCUUGAGUUGAGACCGGGUCUUGAGUCGAGACCGGGUCUCAGGGUCAUCAUCUUGAGUUGAAACCGGGUCUCAGGGUCAGUGUCUUGAGUCGAAACUGGGUCUUGAGGUGAGACCAGGUCUUGAGGCGAGACUGGGUCUCAGAGUCAGCAUCUUGCCUUGAAACCGGGUCUCAGGGUCAGCAUCUUGAGUCGAGACUGGAUCUUGAGUUGAGACUGGGUCUCAGGGUCAUCAUCUUGAGUCGAGAUCGGGUCUCAGGAUCAGCGCCUUGAGACGAGACUGGGUCUGGAGUCGAGACCGGGUCUCAGGAUCAGCGCCUUGAGUCAAGACCGGAUCUUGAGUCGAGACCGGGAAUCAGGGUCAUCAUCUUGAGUUAAGACCAGGUCUUGAAUCGAGACCGGGUCUCAGGGUCAGCGUCUUGAGAACAACAAAGACGCUCCGCGCCAAGUCACCUCGGAAUCUGUGGGAAGCUCCACAUCGUAAAUCGAACCCCGGUGGCUAUGGCUUGAGGGGCCAUCCAUUUAGU